CUCGGUGUACGUAUCGCUGGCACCUGGUAUGGACCAUCCUGCAGGGAUGGACCCAUCGGAGGGCGAUGCUGCUCGAUGUCCUCAAUACCCAGCAGUGAAGAAGAGCAGAACUGCCCUGCGCCGACCACUGAAGCCAGGGUGGCGGGGAAGAGGCCGAUGGCUGUGGAGCCAUCCCGAAUGGAAGCAUUGCCGGCGGAGACCAGCCAGGCUCCGAAACGUCGUCGACUUGUGAGGAUCGCCGACGACGAGGACGAAGAGGGCGAGGUUGCUCCGUCUUUGGUCCGAAGACCGUGCAGUCGGCCUAACGUCGUGCCGAUCGACGCUGGUCGGGUGACCAGUGAUCCUCCUGCCCCGCACACCGAGCCGACACGACAUGGAGGGGCAGAGGCAGUAGCGGCGACUGGGAGGACCAGGAGGAGGUUCUUCGCAGCGACGCACAGGCGCUUCGACCUUGCGGCAUCGGAUGUUGACCCGGGCAACAUGGCCGGCCAGAGAACAACCGAGCUGGCGGCUGCCGUUGAAAAUCCCGCCGAGCAGACCACCCAGGAGCAAGCCAAGGAACAGCCCGCGGUUGUGACCGUGGCGGAGACUGUCGAGGAAGAUCCGACUCCAGCGAGGACCGGGGCGAGUACCCCGACAAGGAACGAUGAGGCUGCAAGGACACCUCCCCCGAUUAGUGUCGCGGAGGAGGGAGACAAAGCCCCGACUACCCCGCCAGCUGAAGAAAUGAGGACCCCAACUCCACCCCCGGCAGAGGCUUCUUCACCGAAAGGCUCCCCUAGCCGGGGUAAGGGUCCGUUGAUACCCGUUACCACGGCUAGGGAUAGCGCGGAGGGCGAGAAAGCCCAGGCAGCCUCUGACGAUGAAGUGGAGGAGAUCCAGGGGCGCCCCCAUGAUGGUCGCCAACACGUUUUCGUGUGGCGCCAACAUGGGGACCACUUCAUUGGUCACGAAGAGCUCGCCGAGACCGAGGAGGUGGCAAGGGUAGAGCGCGCUGCCAAGCGGCUCAUCGAUGAAGUCAAGGUAACUAGUCUUGUGGCGCAAUGA